AUGUCGUGAGGGAAGCUCGCUGGUCACCUGGGCAGAGCCAGCAGGAGCCGCCGCGCGUCCCGGUGGUCGCAAGAAGGCGGACGGGCAGGAGGGCAGGCAGGUUCGGCCAAAAUGGUGAAGAGGAAAAGCCUGGACGAUAACGAGCCGGAGUGCGGGAAAGGAAUACCGUUUCCCAUCCAGACCUUCCUAUGGAGGCAAACCAGUGCAUUUCUGCGUCCAAAGUUGGGGAAACAGUAUGAAGCGUCUUGUGUGUCCUUUGAGCGAGUGCUGGUGGAGAAUAAGCUCCACGGGCUGUCGCCGGCCCUGUCAGAGGCCAUCCAGAGCAUCUCCCGCUGGGAGCUCGUCCAGGCAGCCCUGCCUCAUGUACUCCACUGCACCUCCAUCCUGCUGUCCAACAGGAACAGGCUGGGCCACCAGGACAAGCUGGGCGUGGCGGAGACCAAGCUGCUCCACACGCUGCACUGGAUGCUGCUGGACGCUGCUCAGGAGUGCAACCACGAGCCCAGCCUGGGCCACGGCUGGUCUGGGGGCAGCAGCAGCAGCGCCUUUCUUCAGCCGGUGGGGAACCAGGGCUCGUCCCCUGGGGCUCCUGGCUCGUGCUCCGGCUCUGCCCUAGGCGGGUCGGGGCCCCAGCACAGUGGCUUCCUGCUGGAGGAGGAUGAGCAUACUCGUACCAAGCUUUUCCACAAGAGUAUGGCCACAGUGGAGCUGUUUGUGUUCCUGUUUGCUCCGCUUAUUCACCGGAUAAAGGAGUCGGAUCUAACCUUCCGAUUGGCCAGCGGUUUGGUUAUAUGGCAGCCGAUGUGGGAGCACCGCCAGCCCGACAUCCCUGCAUUUACUUCGCUUAUCAAACCCGUCAGAAACAUUGUGACAGCAAAGAGGAACUCCCCAGUCAACAACCAGUGCAGCCCCUGUGGAUCUGGCAACCCGGGUCCCAUGGGCUUCCAGGUGGUUUGCGAGGCCGCACAAUCGGAUUCCUCCUCCCCCGCGGCUGGAGAGCGGAGCUGUCGUCGUGGUAACUCGGUCGAGAAAGGUGGCCCUUCCCAACAACCCCCACCGGUUAAAGGCCCAUCCAAGAAAAAGACAUCAGCCCCUGCUGGCCUGCCAACCUCCCUGGCCCAACGAGCUCGCUAUGCCACUUACUUUGAUGUGGCGGUGCUGCGCUGCCUGCUGCAGCCACACUGGACAGAGGAGGGCGUGCACUGGGCCUUGAUGUACUACCUGCAGCGCCUGAGGCAGAUCCUGGAGGAGAGACCUGAACGCACACCUGAACCCUUAGUUACACCUCUGCCACGCCCACGCAGUAGCUCCAUGGUGGCUGCAACACCUUCACUGGUCAACACACACAAGACCCAGGAUAUGAGUCUGAAAUGCAAUGAAGAGGGGAAAUCACUGAGCACAGAGACAUUUACGAAGGUUUCUCUGACCAACCUCCGUCGACAGGCAGUCCCUGACCUCUCCUCUGACCUUGGCAUGAACAUCUUCAAGAAGUUUAAGAACCGACGUGAGGACCGUGAGAGAAAGGGCUCCAUCCCCUUCCACCACACUGGGAAGAAGCGUCAGCGCCGUAUGGGUGUCCCUUUCCUGCUUCACGAAGACCACCUGGAUGUCUCGCCCACCCGCAGCACCUUUUCCUUUGGAAGCUUCUCUGGCCUGGGUGAUGAUCGGCGGGGGCUGGACCGCGGGGGCUGGCAAGCCACCAUCAUGGGCAAAUUCACACGGAGGGGCAGCACAGACACCGCCACAGACGCCGACAGCCUGAGUGCCAAACACUCUCAUUCCCACCACUCUCUGCUCAGAGAUAUGCCUGACCACUCCAACAGCCACAGCGAUAACACUGUCAAAGAGGUCCGAUCUCAGAUCUCUACCAUCACUAUGGCGGCGUUCAACACCACAGUGGCGUCCUUCAAUGUUGGCUACGCCGACUUCUUCACAGAGCACAUGAAGAAACUGUGCAACCCUGUCACUGUCCCCGAGAUCCCUGUGGAACCUCUGGCCUGCGCCAACCUGCCACGCAGCUUCACCGACUCCUGCAUCAACUACUCUUGUCUGGAGGAAGGCGAGAACAUCGAGGGGACCAAUAACUUUGUGCUGAAGAAUGGCAUGCUGGACCUCACAGCUGUCUUGCGGGCUCUCUACGCCGUUCUCAGUCAUGAUAUCAGCUCCAGGAUCUGCGACGUGGCCCUCAACAUCAUUGACUGUCUGCUGCAGCUGGGCGUUGUGCCCGGCAUGGGCAAGAAACUUUCCAAGCCCGACAACAAGGAGAACCAGGAGGCGCGAGCCAAAGACUCAACCAGUCAGGGCCUUGGUGGAGGCGCCCAGGGAGGCGGGGCAGUCCCAGGGGCAGGAGCAGGCGGAGGGGGAGAUGGAGGCGGAGGUGGGGGAGGAGGGGGUAGUGGCGGAGGGAGCGGGCAAGGGAGUAAGGAUGAUGUGAAGAAUAACAAGGAUAAUGAUAAAAAGGAAGAGGGCUCUGGCUUCAGCACCCACCGCCUGGCUCUGACCAUGCUAAUAAAGAUAGUCAAGUCACUGGGAUGUGCCUACGGCUGCGGCGAGGGACACCGUGGACUGUCUGGAGAUCGCCUCAGGAUGCAGGCCCAGAACUGCCUGACCAGCCUUUAUAAGCUGGACAAGGUGCAGUUUCGGCAGACAAUGCGCGAGUACGUCAACAAAGACUCUCUCAAUAACAUUGUGGACUUCCUGCAUGCACUGCUGGGCUUCUGCAUGGAGCCCAUUACUGACAAGUACGGCAGUGCAGGUGAGAGGUCCAGGAGGGCGAAAAAAAGAAACAUCGACAAGGCGGGCUUCGGGAACAACUUCACCACGGGGGACAACAAGUCAGUGGCGCAGAAUAUGGAGGCGGUGGUGGUGGGCUGCAUGUUCAAGUCUCUCAUCACCCGCUGCGCCUCGACCACACACGAGCUGCACAGCCCCGAGAACCUGGGUCUGUACUGUGACAUCCGCCAGCUGGUGCAGUUCAUUAAGGAGGCCCAUGGGAACGUUUUUCGCAGGGUGGCACUGAGCGCACUCCUGGACAGUGCCGAGAAGGUCACGACCACCAAAAAACCUGACGAGAAGGAGGAGACCAAACAGCCCGGACCCAGGAGGUCAGAGGCGGGUGUGUCCGGGGAGAAGGGUCAGGUGUCCAGUGCUGCAGAUGAGUGUCGCAGCUACAUCUCCAGUAGACCCCCCCAGACCCCCGAACACGAGGAACAGAUCCCGGGUGCUCUGCUUGGCAGGAAGGACUUUUGGAGGAAGAUGUUUAAGUCACAAAGCGCCGCCAGUGACACCAGCAGCCAAUCAGAGCAAGAUACCUCUGAGUGCACCACUGCGCACUCUGGCACCACCACUGACCGACGCUCUCGUUCCAGAUCCCGACGCAUUUCACUUCGCAAGAAACUGAAGCUGCCAAUAGGAAACUGGCUGAAGCGUUCCUCUCUUUCUGGACUGACUGAUGGUGUUGAGGACCUGCUGGACAUCAGCUCAGUAGAUCGACUCUCCUUUAUACGUCAGAGUUCAAAGGUGAAGUUCACCAGUGCGGUGAAGCUGUCAGAAGGGGGCGCUGUAGGGCCGGAGUUCGCCAGGGACGAGGAGGAGAAUUUCUUCAAGCGGCUCGGUAAAUGGAGGUCUGGCAGGAGGAAUCCAUCCAAGCUUCACCACACAGAAGAGAAAGAUGGACCUCAUGGUUUUCAAGAGCGUCUAGCAGCCAGUCAGGAGGCCAUGAAGAAUAAGAAUGUGGUGGAUUUGGGCGCCAUUCGACAAGGCAUGAAGCGCUUCCAGUUCUUGCUGAACUGCUGCGAGCCAGGAACAAUACCGGACGCCUCCAUCCUGGCCGCUGCUCUGGACCUGGAAGCUCCAGUUGUGGCCCGGGCCUCCCUCUUCCUCGAAUGCGCUCGAUUUGUCCACCGCUGUAACCGUGGCAACUGGCCGGAGUGGAUGAAGGGUCACCACGUAAAUAUCACCAAGAGAGGUCUGUCCAGGGGCCGGUCACCUAUUGUAGGCAACAAGAGAAACCAGAAACUCCAGUGGAAUGCGGCCAAACAUUUCUGCCAGUGGGGAGACGCAAUUGGCACAAGGCUCAGUGAACUUUGUCACUCUGACAGCGAGAGUCCUGCAAACAUCCUGGGUUACAUUUUUGAUGAAGACACCAAACGGAGAAUGAGAAAAGAAGAUGAGGAGGAGGACUAUUUAGAUGACAACACAGUCAAUCCUACAAAAUGUGGCUGCCCCUUUGCCCUAAAGAUGGCUGCCUGUCAGCUGUUGUUGGAAAUCACCACUUUCCUGCGAGAGACCUUCCCCUGCUUACCACGCCCGCGCACUGAACCUCUCGUGGAUCUGGACAGCUGCCGCCUGCGUCUGGACCCUGAUCUCGGCCGCCAUCGCUAUGAGAGGAAGAUCAGCUUCGCGGGCAUCCUUGAUGACGAAGAUGGACACGAUUCACUCAACAGCAGCAGCCAUACGCUGAAGUCUGACACCACCUGCGAUGAGAAGAAGCCCCAGGAAGUUCAAGAUAAUCUUGCCCCACUUCCAUCUCCACCAGCACCCAUCCGUAAGAUUCGCAUCGGAGGCUCCCGGCUGCUUCAGAUCAAAGGUGCUCGUAGUUUCCGCGUAAAAAAAGGAGGCUCUCUGUCGUCCAUACGUCGGGCCGGGAGCCUCAAGAGCACCAAGAUGUCGCGGCAAGACUCUGAGUCGGAGAACGAAGAAGGGCUGCUGUCCCAAACACAAAGCAGGGACACUGUGACUGACAUAGGCAGUCCCUUUAGCACCAGCGAGCCCAGCAUAGAACCAGAAGGUCAGGGCUCAGGAGGGGCAGAGGACAACUAUCACCGCAACAUGUCCUGGCUCCACAUUAUGAUCCUGCUGUGCAACCAGCAGAGUUUCAUCUGUACCCAUAUCGACUUCUGCCACCCACGCUGCUACCAGCACCACAGCCGCUCCUGCGCCCGUCUGGUACGCGCCAUCAAGCUUGUGUACGGUGAGACGGUGGACAGCCUGAGAGAGGACAGCACCUCCUCUGGUAACAUUGGUUCACGGGCCAAGAAGAGCAAAGAGUGUUCAGACAAGUCUUGCCUAAGAACCCCGUCCAUGAAGAGACGACCCACUGACUCCAACACAGAAGGGAAGAAGGAUACCGGCAUGCUCAAAUACAUCCGCAACCAGGUGAUGAGCCUGUCUCCGGCUCCUCUUUCACUGCUCAUCAAGGCAGCGCCCAUCCUGACUGACGACAUGUACGGAGACAUCCAGCCUGCAGCCUGGGAACUCUUGCUCAGCGUGGAUGAACAUAUGGCAGCUGCUGCUGCUGCCAUGUUCCUUCUGUGCGCGGUAAAGGUCCCCGACGCAGUGACCGAAAUGAUGAUGGCCGAGUUCCAGCACCAGGAGGCCUGCCAGCGCAUCAACUCCAUCCUCAAGUUUUACACACUGUGGCGUUUCCGCUACCAGGUGUGGCCUCGCAUGGAGGAAGGAGCCCAGCAGAUCUUUAAGAUCCCUCCACCCAGCAUCAACUUCACUCUGCCGUCUCCUAUACUGGGCAUGCCCUGUGUCCCCAUAUUCGACCCCCCCUGGGUGCCCCAGAACACAGGCAGCGUCCAGGACCCAAUCAAUGAAGACCAGUCUAAAUCCUUCUCUGCACGGGCAGUGUCGCGCUCCCACCAGCGGGCCGAGCACAUCCUGAAGAACCUGCAGCAGGAGGAAGAGAAGCGGCGUCUAGGCCGUGAGGCCAGCAUCAUCACGGCCAUCCCUGUGGCUCAGGAGGCGUGCUACGAGCCCACGUGUAGCCCCCCGCCAGAGCAGGAGGAAGAAGCAGAAGAAGUGGUGAACCUGGCAUCACGCCGUCUGUCUGUCAGUCCGUCCUGUGCCUCCAGUAACUCCCACAGGAACUACUCCUUCCGACGGGGCUCUGUGUGGUCUGUCCGCUCACUGGCCAGUGCUGAAGAUGAAGAGAACACAACAGAACACACUCCAACUCACCACAUGUUACAGCCUCCCCAAGCCGUCUUCCCAGCAUGCAUCUGUGCUGCAGUCCUACCAAUAGUGCACCUCAUGGAGGACGGUGAGGUUCGAGAGGAUGGCGUGGCCGUGAGUGCCGUUGCCCAACAAAUCCUUUGGAACUGCCUGAUUGAAGAUCCAGCCCUGGUCCUCCGACACUUCCUGGAAAAACUAACAGUGAGCAACCGACAGGAUGAGCUGAUGUACAUGCUGAGGAAGCUCCUGCUCAACAUUGGAGAUCUGCCAGCUCAGACGUCUCAUAUUCUCUUCAACUACCUGGUGGGACUGAUUAUGUAUUUUGUGCGGACACCGUGUGAGUGGGGAAUGGAUGCCAUCUCAGCCACGCUGACCUUCCUGUGGGAGGUGGUCGGUUAUGUGGAGGGGCUCUUCUUCAAGGACCUGAAGCAGACCAUGAAGAAGGAGCAGUGUGAGGUCAAACUGCUGGUCACUGCGUCAAUGCCAGGAACCAAAACAUUGGUGGUGCACGGGCAGAAUGAAUGUGACAUCCCAACACAGCUUCCAGUCCAUGAAGACACUCAGUUUGAAGCCCUACUCAAGGAGUGCCUGGAAUUCUUCAACAUUCCCGAGGCCAGAUCAGCUCACUACUUCCUCAUGGACAAGCGAUGGAACCUCAUCCACUACAGCAAGACAUAUGUAAGAGACAUCUACCCUUUCAGGAGAUCAGUGUCUCCCCAGCUCAACCUGGUCCACAUGCUGCCUGAAAAAGGACAGGAGCUUAUCCAGAAACAGGUGUUUUCCCGCAAACUAGAGGAAGUUGGUCGAGUCCUCUUCCUCAUCUCGCUCACACAACACAUGCCGGCUGUGCACAAGCAGUCUCACGUCUCCCUGCUGCAGGAGGACCUCCUCCGCCUGCCGUCCUUCCCACGAACCGCCAUCGAUGCAGAGUUCUCGCUGUUCAAUGAGCCACAAGGUAAGGAGCUGUUUGGAUUGGACACCCUCCACAAGGUGCUGUGGAUCAAGCUGCUGGAGGAAAUGUUCCUGGGAAUGCCAAGUGAGUACCCGUGGGGUGAUGAGAUGAUGCUGUUCCUUAACGUCUUCAAUGGGGCUCUGCUGCUGCACCCAGAGGACAGCUCCCUUCUCAGGCAGUACACAGCCACCGCCAUCAAUACUGCCGUUCACUUCAAUCACCUCUUCUCCCUUAGCGGCUACCAGUGGAUCCUGCCAACCAUGCUGCAGGUCUAUGCUGACUAUGAGAGCGACCCUUUACUCAGGCAGGGCAUCGAGUUCUGCUGCCGGCAGUUCUACAUCCUCCAUCGCAAACCCUUCAUCCUGCAGCUGUUUGCCAGUGUGGCCCCACUCCUGGAAUUCACAACCAGCACCAGCACUGGUCUGUCUAAAGGAGUGUCGGCUCAGUGUCUGUUUGACCUGCUGGUCUCGCUGGAGGGUGAGACCCAGGAUGCGCUGGAUGCUCUGGAGCUGGUUAAAGCUGAGAAACCUCUACGCUCUCUAGAUUUCUGUUAUGGUAACGAGGACUUGGCCUUUUCCAUCAGUGAGGCUAUCAAACUGUGUGUCACCGUUGUUGCCUAUGCCCCUGAGUCCUUUAGAAGCCUCCAGAUGUUGAUGGUGCUGGAGGCCUUGGUCCCCUGCCACCUCCAGAAGCUGAAGAGUAACACAGUUACAAUGGAGUCGGCCUCGGCUGCCAGGGAUGAGAUUGCUGCCAUCGCUGCUCUGGCCACAUCCCUGCAGGCCCUCCUCUACAGCUCAGAGACCCUCACAAGGCCCAUGACAGCCCCACAGAUGUCCCGAUGUGAUCAGGGUCAUAAAGGAGGCACUACAGCAAACCACGCCAUGUCAGGAGGGGUCAACACCAGGGACAACCUCCACCUGUUGGAGGAGGGCCAGGGUAUGCCGAGGGAGGAGCUGGACGAGCGCAUCGCCAGGGAGGAGUUUCGCCGGCCCCGGGAGUCCCUCUUAAACAUCUGCACCGAGUUUUACAAACACUGCGGGCCGCGGCUCAAGAUCCUGCAGAACGUUGCUGGUGAGCCGCGGGUCACGGCCCUGGAGCUGCUCGACAUCAAGUCCCACAUGAGGCUGGCGGAGAUUGCCCACGCCCUGCUGAAGCUGGCACCCUACGACACCCUGACCAUGGAGAGCCGAGGACUGCGGCGCUACAUCAUGGAGAUGCUGCCCAUCACCGACUGGUCGUCUGAAGCUGUCCGGCCUGCCCUCAUCCUCAUCCUUAAGAGGCUGGACCGCAUGUUCAACAAAAUCCACAAGAUGCCUACGCUCAGGUGCGCUCGCCCACAGGCAUUAUGCACCAGGAGACAGGUGGAGUGGGAGGCGGCCAGCAGCCUGAUCGAAGGGAUCUGCCUGACCCUGCAGCGGCAGCCAAUCAUCUCCUUCCUCCCACACCUUCGCUCGCUCAUCAACGUCUGUGUCAACCUGGUGAUGGGUGUGGUUGGUCCUUCCAGUGUGGCAGAUGGGCUUCCUCUCCUCCACCUCAGCCCGUACCUGUCGCCGCCGCUGCCUUUCAGCACAGCUGUGGUCCGACUGGUUGCCCUGCAGAUCCAGGCCUUGAAGGAGGACUUUCCUCUCAGCCAUGUGAUCUCACCUUUCACUAAUCAGGAGAGACGAGAGGGGAUGCUGCUCAACCUGCUCAUUCCUUUUGUGCUCACUGUGGGUUCUGGGAGCAAAGACAGCCCCCAUCUCGAGCAGCCUGAGAUCUUCCUGCUUCUCCAGACAGUCAUCAACAUCCUCCUGCCUCCUCGGAUCAUCUCCACCUCCCGCACCAAAAACUUCAUGCUGGAUGCUUCCCCGGCUCACUGCUCCACUCCAGGCGACACUGGGAAGGAUCUGCGCAGAGAGGGAUUAGCAGAGUCUACCAGCCAGGCCGCAUAUCUGGCUCUGAAGGUGGUGUUGGUUUGCUUUGAGCGCUCACUAGGAAACCAGUGGUACCGGCUGAGCCUGCAGGUGAAAGAGAUGGCUCUGAGAAAAGUGGGUGGCUUGGCCUUCUGGGACUUCAUUGACUUUAUUGUCAGAACCCGUAUCCCUAUAUUUGUCCUACUGAGACCCUUCAUACAGUGCAAGUUGUUGACGCAGCCUGCUGACUCCCAGGAGGAGAUUACAGCACGUCACCACAUUGCUGACCAGCUGGAGCGACGCUUCAUCCCGCGACCUCUCUGCAAGAGCUCCCUUUUUGCAGAGUUUAAUAAUGAACUCAAGAUCCUCAAGGAGGCUGUGCACAGCGGCUCCGCUUACCAGGGCAAGACGUCCAUCAGCACAGUGGGAACCUCGACUUCAGCAUACCGCCUCAGUUUGGCCACAAUGUCACGUUCUAACACGGGCACUGGUACAGUUUGGGAACAGGAUAGCCAACCAUCACGCCAACCCUCCCAAGACACACUCAGCCGCACCGAUGAGGACGAAGAAGAGAAUGACUCCAUGAGUAUCCCCAGCGUAGUGAGCGAGCAUGAAGCCUUUUUGCCGAGGAUGAUAGCACAGCGCCGUUUCUCCAGCCACGCCACCGGCUCAGCACCCUCGCAGCCCGAGGCACCCCGUACCACCAUGCUGCCCAGCCACAGUGAACCCAAUGUGCUAGAUGAGUCCCAGGGCCUUCUGCAGGAGGGUAACCUCUCUAGGGUUGCCAGUGUGCAGAGUGAACCAGGCCAGCAAAACCUUCUGAUCCAGCCUCCCUUAGGAAGGAAAAGAGGCCUCAGACAGCUGCGACGUCCCCUGCUGUCCAUCCCAAAGAAUGAACCACGCGGUCGAUCCGGAGCGAGACUUUCUACAACCCGCCGGAGUAUCCAGCCCAAGAGCAAACCACUGGAAACUUUAUUGGACUGUGAAGCGCAUGGGGACCAAAAGAGGUCAGUGACCUUUACAGAGAAUCAAGGCCAGCAGGGGGGCAGCAAGCCCCCGACUCCCAGCAUAGCGGACGCUCCAGCUGAGGGCAAGAAGGCCAGUCCUGCACUUUCAAAGUCCCCAACACUGGACGUGCCGACUGUCUCUGCAGCCACGGUGACUGCCGACCUUCAUGGCCCCGCCAGCGCACAGGUCCCUCCAGCCAUCAGCAGUAAGGAGAAGAGAGAGCAGUGGGGCCUCCGCAGCAGCCUCUCCCCUCCCCCCUCCAUCUCCCGGCCCUCCACCCACCCCCCAUCCAGAACCUGCUCCCCGCUGCCCCUCUCCCGAACCUGCUCCCCUCUCCCCUUGUCCCGCACCUCCUCUCCUCUCCCUCCACCGCUUCCAGUGCUCGGCACAGCGCCGGCCCCGGGCCCCCCGCCGCCACCACCUCUGCCACCGGCCCCUCUCCUGCCUCCACCACCACCGGGGCCGUCCAGGAUCAGGAAAGCCCCCGGGGACGAGGAUACGACUGCACUCCUGCCGCGCAGCGACACUUUGCUGCUGCAGCUCAGCGAGGAUGACGGCACAGACCCCCUCCUCACCCCGCUGCUGUCCCCUCCCUCGCCACGACGCUCACCCCGCAGGAUGCCCCUGCCUCUUUCUCCAGUCGACCUGGACCUGGAUGAGUCCCACGUUUAAGACAGGUGGACUGUAUUUUUCUACCUGUAGCUGAAUGCCAGACAAAAACCUGAAGGUUCAGAUAACAGGGAGGCUGUGCUGCAAACAUCUCAAACCAUAGACGAGCAAAAACAGAAAAAGUAAGUGUGCAUUUAGAUUUUAUAGACUGACAAUCUGCAAGUUCACACUUUAAAAACGAAGGGAAUGUACAGAGAAGUGCACCCAAAACUCACCGACUUGGUUUCUAAUCUGUCUUUCGUCCCGAAUCCUUGAGGCCAUUUCUGUUUCCCCUUCAGCU